AUGUACCGUGUGCCCAGCCUGCACCGCCGCCUCUCGCCCGAUGCGUCGCCGACGCCGCAGGAAGAGGCUGACCCGGUGCUGCGAGCACUCGAGUCCCGCCAGGAAGAGAUUCUCAAACGCCUGUAUGAGCUGAAGAGUGCUGUCGAUGGUCUCUCAAAGAUGAUACAAACCCCCGAUGCUGACUUCGAUGUCACUAAUAUCAUUCAAACUGAUGAAUGUCCUCCUUUGACAACAACUGGAGCAGACUUAGAUUCGAUGCUUGGAAAGGAUUACGGUGCCCUGAAAGAUAUUGUAAUCAAUGCAAAUCCUUCUCUGCCUCCGCUGUCAUUAUUAGUACUACACAGUCUGCUUUGUGAACGCUAUAAAAUAUUAUCAGCUGUUCACACGCAUUCAUCGGUGAAAAGUGUGCCAGAAAACCUCUUGAAAUGCUUUGGAGAGCAGACUAAGAAGCAACCACGUCACGAAUAUCAAUUGGGCUUUACUCUUAUUUGGAAGGAUGUUCCUAAACCCCAGAUGAAGUUCAGCGUUCCAACGAUGUGCCCUAUUGAAGGAGAGGGGAACAUCGCUCGAUUUCUGUUCUCCCUGUUUGGCCACAAGUACAGCGCAGUUACUUCCACUCUGAUUGACAGCUGGGUGGAUACAGCCAUCUUCCAGCUGAAAGAAGGGAGCAGUAAGGAGAAAGGAGCGGUCUUGCGCUCUAUGAACGCUGCCCUGGGCAAGGCGGCGUGGCUGGUGGGCAGCGAGCUCACCGUCGCGGACGUAGUGGCGUGGUGCGCGCUGCAGCAGACGGGCGGCGCAAGCGCUGCCCCGGCCAACGUGCAGAAGUGGAUGAAGUCGUGUGAGAACCUGGCACCUUUCAGCUCCGUUGUGAAGCUACUGAAGUGA